UACAGACACAUGGGAGGGACAGACAGUGUAUAUACAGCACAAGGGUCACUCCCGGGAUCAGCCAAUGUACGAGACCAGCCAGACAAACUACCUGCUGUCACUCUACAGCCAGUGUUACUAAGGCUCACAGCCUUGCCUGGGGGAUCACGGGAGUUGUAGUUUACCCAUAUCUACACUAGUUACAGACAUCGCGCAGUUAGAUCUCCGCCUCUGGAAAUCACACGUGUCUCAGUGACGAAGCUGGUAGUGGUGAUGUCAUCAUCAUGCGCCGGCUUCGCUUGUGACUACUUCCGGGAGUGCAGGGGCUGAUUCCAUGCUGCAUUUAUAGACAGAGAUAAGGUAUAAUGGGGGCUCAGAAAGAGAAGAAGCCUCGUGAGAGAAAAAGAGGUGCUGAAGAACAAACCCCAAAGUCUCCAGACGAGGGCAGUGCUCCCACCAAGAAACGACAAAAGGCCCCACCAGCACCGGAAGGAAAGAAGGCCCAGGAUGAGGUGCAGAUCCCCCGGCUGGACCCCAAGUCUGUGGGCUAUUUCCGCAGGGUGGGAGAAACCUUACAGCAGCCAUUUGAGUCGGAUGAAGAGAAAGGCAUCUUUAUCCGCAAUGUGUUCCACGAGGUGCAGGGAAAUGAGCUGGCGCUGGCGACUGACAUGUCGGGGAGUCUGGUAUUACAGAAGCUUCUUGCAGUCGCCACUUCAGUUCAGCUGUGCCGAGUUCUGUCUGUGCUGAGCAAGCAAUGGCGGGCGGUGUGCUGUCACCGGAGUGGAGCUCAUGUUAUCCAGACAGCCCUCUUACAGUUCCCCAGGCUUCAGAAACAACAGGGGGCAGAGGAAGAGGAGGAGAUAGAGGAAGAGGGUGAAUCUGAGCCAAUCAGAACCCUAGAAGAUCUUUUUUUGAGUCUGGGCUCGGAGCUGAAAGAGAAGUUCCUGCUGUAUAACAAGGACACGCAUGGGAGUUUUAUUGUACGGACGCUUUUUCAGGUGUUGGGUGGCACUGUCCUUAGCCAAAACACUGGCAGGAAAGCAGCAAAAGGUCCAACAGUUAAAUCAGAGUUUGAGGUCCCUGAAAGUUUCCUGCAUCAGUUACAAGAGCUGUGUGGCGGUUUCAGUGAGCACAUUGGCGUGUUUGCUACUCAUAAAGUGGCCAGCUUGGGGAUACAGGUAGCCCUCCAGGUGCUGCAGAGGAAGAUGCCGGCUGUGUGUGCCCAGCUGUGCGAUCAGAUGAUCGAGUUUUUAGCCUCCCGGAAUGUUUCUGCCGAGAGCAGCUCCCUCUUGGUGUUCCUGAAGGACGAGACCAGUAGCCGUUUACUGGAGAGGAUCCUGGAGGUGUCGGAAAAGAAGCAGCUGCGCCGGCUGUUCAAGGCCCACUUCCAGGGUCAACUGCAGGCGCUCUCCUCCCACCCCAUUGCCAACUACACCGUGCAACGGCUCCUCAGCGCUGUCCAGACUAAGAAACUGGCCUUCCACUGUGCCGCUCCGCUCUCCCGUCAGGUGGCCUGCAUUCCUCUCUUCCUCUCUCUGCUCACCUAUGAGGUUUACUAUAACAAAGAGGAAGAAGAGGAGCCGACGGAGCACCAGGACGAUGGUGAUAGGAAGCUGGACAAUGUGAAUUAUCACGGUUCCCUAAUUGUGCAGCACCUUCUUCACUUUGAAGACCCUUCCGUGAUCCUAAAAAGCCUGGGCACCCUGGCAGAUGUUGACCUUCUCACUGUAGUUUGUAGCCAGGCUGGAUGCCAUGUUCUCGAUGCCCUGCUGAGCAGCUCCACAAUAUCUGACAAGCAGAGGAAGAAAAUCCUUAGGAGACUGAGGGGUCACUGUAUGCAGUUGGCGUGCAAUAAAUAUGGCAGCCGUGUGUUAGAUCGCAUGUGGACUACAUCCACCAUCGGCGUCAAAGAGGAGAUAGCGCAGAAGCUGGUUGAGAAGCUCCACCAACUCCAGAAUGAUCCGAUUGGUCACCACAUUGCCCGCAACUUCGCCCUGACGCACUUUGUCAAGCGGAGGAAAGACUGGGAGGAGCACCAGCUGGGGGAGAACAAGCGCCGCAAGAUGUUUUCCGAGAUCCUGGAAGACUGAAGAGACUUUAUAAACAGACUCUUUACAGCUCUAUGCUAUUAGAACCAGCUGUGCAGCACCCAUUGCCAACAUGGUGCCUUGGUGUUAAAGAGUUUUGCAGUUCAAGCCAGGAACUGCGUCAGCCAUAAUCUGUCUACCCUAUGAAGACCCAGAUCUUCUGGGAUUUUGAAACUACAUUUCAGUUAACAGAACCCCCCCCCCCCCCAUCACUGCUUGGUUACUUGGCAAAGUUGUCUUCCCUUAUCCCCAGCCCUCCAUCUCUUUCUCAUUCUGGCCAUCAACCUUGGGUCAGCGACACUGCACAUGCUCAGUGCACUCUUGCUGUGUUCAUACAGGGAUAGUGAUGUCACAAGCAAUGGGCUGUCCAUAGACUCUAUCAAGAUCUGGAUCUUCAUAGGGUAAUUGGGGACCUGGAUCUCCACUGUGAGGGGGUUCCUGAAACCCAGGCUAGUACAGCAAGACCCGUGUAUGGAGUACCUCAUUUUUAACCACAAUCAUUUAUGGCCCUUUAGUUGCCCUUUAAGAUCUUACAGAUUUACUGGAGGAAUCAAUGUUCAUUUUCUAUGUUCAAAUCCAGUUGUUUUUAUAUAAACAACAUAUACUAAUGUG